UGGCGGGGCCGCCGUCACGUGGCCGGCGUUGCCUAGCAGCGCCGUGGCCAUGGCAACGCCGGCACACCGGCGGCGGGGCGCGGGCCGCGCCGGGCAGGAGGCCGAUUGGUUUGCAGUUCACCACUGAAAUAAAGAUGACUUCCAACCAGAGAAGUUCACACAAGGAGAAGAUUAUUCCCCAGACCAAAAGUGUUCCUCCAUUUAACCCAGACAGAAUGUCAGACCGAGAGAAGGCAAGGUAUCUGGCAUUCACUGAGCCCACUGAUGAGAAAACGAAAGCCAUGCUGGCCUCCCACAUCUUCAUGAUGGAUAAUAGUUACUUCAGCAAAGCCAAGCCUAGCAUAGACACAGAGCAAAAGAAAGAGGCCAGGGUCUUCGGGCUGCUCAGAGCUGCAGAAGCCCGCAAUCGCCUCCGAAACCUGAGACUCCGCUAUCAGGACCUGAGGGCAAAGGAAAUAAACCAUCUGAUAUCCUGCCAGCAAUCUGUCUUAGGCGCUUUGAGACUGGAGACGUUUCUUGCACCCCAAAAGAGCAUUAAAAAACUAGCUGAUAACUUGGACAGGGUUCAGAGGAGUCGCAUAGAGGCAAUACUAGAAGAUGAAAAAGGUGAAAUAUUCAUUAGAAGACCUUGAAACUUUGAGGAGCUCCAUAGAGUAGUGCAAGACAGCAGAUACAUCAGCACUGGGGACCAGCAGUGACCAGCAGUUGCUUUAACUACAAGGCUAUUGGUAAAUAAAGCACUUGUUUCCAAACGUACAACAGCUUCAGGUACAGGCAUUCAGUGCUCACAGUGUGGAAGAGCUAGAGGGAUGGGCAGUGCAGGCACACAAGCUAGCCCAGGAUCUGUCUCUUAGUAUAAAUCCUGUGACUUGGUUGUAUUUGCUCUGGAAUUGCAUGCAGAGAAAUCAGAUAAUCAAAGCUUCCCCAUUUCAGUAUCACCUGAUCGAUUAGAGAUAAGAAUUGUGUAGUGUUGAGCCAAAAACUGCAUGCAGAAGUUGUUCUUUGCUUAGCAUGAGUGAGAAACCUCAAAACCAUGAACUGUUUUUCUUUACAAUGAGUCCUGGACCUCGCUAUGUCAAAACAAAUAGCAAAAUGAUACUUGUUCAUGCAGUCAUAGCAAUUGUUUUCUUUUCGUCUGCUGCCUUUGUGGUCAGGAGGUUACUCACAUACAUGUUCAGAUGCGUCUACUUAGGAAUCCAGCCUGCAAAUAAAGAGCUGCAGCAGA